AUGAAGCUAGAGAUUAAAAAGAAGCUUUUAAGCAGAUCAGAGCGUGUCAAAUCAGUAGAGCUCCAUCCCACUCUUCCUUGGGUCCUAAUAGCUCUAUAUGCAGGAAACGUCACUAUAUUCGAUUAUAACUAAUAGACAUAAGUGAGAUCAUUUGAAGUUACCAACUCGCCAGUAAGAUGCGCUAAAUUUGUGGCAAGAAAACAAUGGAUUGUAGUAGGAGCAGAUGAUACUAAGAUUAGAGUUUACAACUAUAAUACAAGUGAAAAGCUUAAGGUCAUUGAUGAGCACACUGAUUUCAUUAGAUACUUAGCUGUGCAUCCUUAAUUACCUUACCUUUUGAGUUGUUCCGAUGAUUAGACUAUUAAAUUGUUUGAUUGGGAUAAAGGCUGGCAAAAGAUAAAUACAUAUGAGGACCAUGAUCACUACAUCAUGCAAAUCGCUAUUAAUCCUAAAGAUCCAUCAAUGUUUGCCUCUGCUUCUCUAGAUAAGACCAUUAAGAUCUGGACAGUAACAAAUAAAAAGACUAAUGCUAACUAUUCUUUGGUUGGCCAUUAAGCAGGAGUUAAUUGUAUUGAUUUUUGUGUGGGUUUUGAUAGACCGCAUCUAGUCUCUGGAGGAGAUGAUGGGCAUGUCAAAGUGUGGGAUUAUCAAACUAAGUAAUGUUUAUUCACCUUUGAUUAAGGCCACACUGACAAUGUUUCAGCUGUUUCAUUCCAUCCAGAUCUACCAAUUAUAAUGUCAGCAGGCGAGGACAGUGUCAUCAAUGUAUGGAACGCUAUUACAUUCAAAUUAGAGACUUAUUUAAAUUAUGGCUUACAAAGAGUUUGGGCUAUUCAUGCCUUACCUGAGUCUAAUUAUGUAGCCUUUGGUUUUGAUGAGGCUACAAUGGUUAUCAAGAUUGGUAAAGAAGCUCCUAUGGCUAGCUUUAACAAUGGUAAAGUUGUCUGGGUAAAACAAAGCGAGAUUUAAACAGUUAACUUGAAAUUGAUUAAUGAAGAAUUGAAAGAUGGCGAAAAAAUUAAACCUAUAGUAAAAGAUCUUGGCCAUUCAGAAACUUUCCCAUAAACAAUCAAAUUUUCUCCUUCUGGAAGAUACUUUGCCAUCUGCGGAGACAGUGAUUUCGUUGUUUAUCAAUAUCCAAAGUACUCAAAUACUGCUUUUGGUACUGGAAAUGACUUAGUUUGGGCUACAGUGAACCAAUCAUAAAACAUUUAUGCAGUAAAGACUGAAACUGGUACAGUUAAAGUAUAUAAGAAUUUCAGCGAACAUAAAGCAUUCAAGACCAAUUUCUAAAAUGAGGGUAUAUAUGGUGGCAGAUUACUAGCUAUCAAGAGCAAAGAAUUCAUCACUUUCUAUGAUUGGGAUCAAUUCAAUGUAGUAAGAAGAAUUGAUGUCAACCCAUCUCCAAAGAAUGUAUACUGGUCUGAAAAUGGGCAAAAUCUCAUUCUUGCUUUAGAAGAAACUUUCUAUCUUCUCUCAUAUAAUAAUGAUGAAGUCGAAUUAGCAAUGAAGAAGAUGUAAUUAGGAGGUGGGGACGCUUCAGAAGAUGGAAUCGAAGAGGCAUUCACGUUUAAUGAAGAAUUUAAUGAGACUGUUAAUAGCGGAAUUUGGAUCAGUAAUGAGUGCUUUGUAUUCAUUAACUCAAAAGGCAUAAUUAACUACCUAAUUGGAAAUAAGAUUAUGAAGCUCACUAAUACUGACAAGAAAUACUUUAUACUAGGAUAUGAUUCAAAGUAAAGCAGACUAUACUUGAUAGAUAAAUCCCUGAAUAUUAUUUCAUAUUCUCUCCUAAUCGCAAUGGUUAAUUUCUAAGCUGCUAUCUUGAGUGAAGAUCUUCAUGGUGCUGAGUAAUUCUUUAGAGAUAUUCCUUUGACUUUCCACUCUAAAUUGGCUAAAUUCCUAGAGGCUAAUAAUUAAAGAGAGCUUGCUUUCUAAAUCACUCCAGAUAAAGAUCAUAAAUUUGAGCUUGCCAUUCAUUUGAAUAAGAUUCAAGAAGCAUUUGCUAUCGCCGAGGAAUAAGAAUCAGUUGACAAAUGGAAGAAAGUAGCAGAUAUUGCACUUUUAGCUGGAUCUUUUGAGCUUGCAGAGAAAUGCUUUGAAAAGAGUUAAGACUUCAACAGUCUCAUGCUAUUUUACAGCUCUUACGGAGAUUUAGAAGGACUCUAAAAACUUGUUGAUGCUGCUGAUAGAAGUGGAAAAUACAAUGUUGCUUUCGAAGCAGCUUAUUUAGUUGGAGAUGCUGAGAGAUGCAUAACUAUCUUAAUAAAGUCAAAGAGAGUUUCAGAAGCAGCAUUUUUUGCAAGGGCAUAUGCUCCAUCGAAGUUGCCAUUAGUUAUGAAGUCAUGGGAAGAAGCUUUAAAGCAAAAGCAAUUACCAUUUUCACCAGAGGACAUCCUAAAAUUAGACAGUCAACAAGAAAUUAUGGAAGAAGCUCUCAAGUUAGAGUCGAAUAUAGCCACACAGUUCUACACUCAGACAAGACCUUCUGCAGAGGAUUUUGAAAGAUUAAGAGAUGAAUACUAUAAUGAUCAAGCAGCUGAAUGA